AUGAAGUUUUUGGAAUACACCCCGUUGGAACGAUUAAAUGAUUUCUUUAGUCAUUUGAAUCUCGGAGGGCGAACCAUUAAUGGUUGUCUUGAAGCUUACUCUUGUAAACACACGGGAUCGGAUAAGAAAUUGUCUCUCAGUUUGGAGAAUGAGAUUCUUGAUUAUCUUGGGAAAUCUUCGGACACUGACUCUUCCUCACCUGCUGAAUUCCUGCUGACCAGAUCCAGCCGGAAGACAUUGAUUUACCUGGUUUUGACACUCUAUCACUUGUAUCCGGACUAUGACUUCAGUGCAGUAAAUGCCCACCAGUUCUUCACAGAGGAAAGCUGGGACAGUUUUAAGCAAAUGUUCGAUACCUAUAUGUUUGAAGCAUCAAAGGAAUGGACAGAGACCAAUGAGGGCAGUUCCUUGCUGGAAGCUUUGUACAAGGCUUUGGAUGAGGUCGUUAGAUUAGCAGAAUGUGAAGUUUACAGUUACAUUCCCGACUCUGAUGCUGAUCCGUUUCUUGAGAGAGGAGCUGUAUGGUCAUUCAACUUCUUUUUCUAUAAUAGAAAACUUAAACGUGUUGUGAGUUUCCGUCUCAGCUGUGAAAGUAACUUGGUGGCUGAUGGGCUGUUCUAUGAGGAAGAUGGAGAAAUUUUUGAUGGCAUGGACAUUUGA